UUAAGGUAACUCAGACAUUUUCUUGAACUUUCUCUCUGUUCUUUCUUCGCCUGUGCACCCACGUAUACUACAAUGAGGAAAUUCUUGUAUGCUUCCAUGGGACAUACACUUUUUAUCUGUGUGUUAUCGCUGUGCGCUCUUUGGCAAUAAGUUUCAAGGACGGCGCCCAACUACAUCGCAACCCAACCGGCGGCACGAAUCACGGACGGAUUGCGAGAAGUGAGAGGUGAAAUUGAUCAUUGUGUCCUUUGCCUUUGGAAACUGCAGAGGGUCAUUUCGGAGAUAAUUCGUGUGUGUUUUGGAAAGUUAUCUGUGAAGACAAAUUACGAUUGAAAAGUGGAAACAAGACCGGCCAGGAUUUUUACCAUCGAGAAUUAUGGCGUCCGGAUUUAAUUUUGGUCAGGCAACCCCAGCAGCGAAACCCGCGGGAUUUACGUUCGGAUCUUCGUCCGCAGCCCCCGCGGCCGCUAUGCAAGCCCCUGCUGCAACCCCCUCUGCCGGUUCAAGCUUUUCAUUCGGUCUUGGAGGAGCGACGAGUUCCACGCAACCAGCAACUGGCAGCUCGACGAUGGGAUUUUCUUUCGGCUCGAAUUUAGGCGGUGUGGCAUCAACGACCGCGCCUGCCGCAGCCCCAUUAUCAUUCGCGACCACUACGACUCCCGCUCCGUCUUUUGGGAGUUUCGGUGCUGCCACUGCGGCACCAAAAACUUCAGGAGGGCUUCCCUUCGCCUCAUCGAUUCCGUCUAGCAGUAGCGGCGCAGUCACUACGACAACACCUGCGACAGGAAUUUCCUCCGGGAUUCCAUCUGCUGCUCCGUCUGCUGCCGCGUCAGUGUCAGCUGCCCCUACAGGAUCUGCCUUUUCUUUUGGAUUGCCAUCAUCAACCGUCGCACCGACUACCCAGACAGUAGCCACUGUGGCCCCCUCUACAGCUGCAUCUUCCCUUCCUACAAUGAGCUUUGGCCAACCACCCGCCACGACGACCAGUGGUGUCUCUGCUACCGUUGUUCCUGGAGAACAAUCGAUGACAUUCAGAGAUCUGGAGGAAAUGAUAAACCAAUGGUCAUUGCUGCUGGAUGAUCAGGAGAAAAUUUUCCUUGACCAGGCGACGCAGCUGAAUGCCUGGGACAGGCUGUUGCAGGCAAAUGCAGAGAAGGUUGAUUUGGUGAUCAACAGCUCGAAGAAAAUCAAAGCAGAUCAAGAUCGUAUGGAGCAAGAGCUAGACUUCAUCUCCAGUCAGCACCGGGAAUUGGAAGAAGCUCUCAAGCCAUUGGAGGAAGAGGCUGACAAAGAGUUCAAGAAAAUAUCAGAAAUUUCCAUCAAUGAUCCACUGACCGCUGAUGGGCAGCGAGCAGCGAUUUUCCGAAAAACUGUGGAAGUCGACUCUCAGUUGAGGACGAUUUCAAGCGAAUUGAAAACUGUAAUCGAGAAGAUCAACGCUAGGGCUGAUGCUGAUUUGGCUGACGACGUUUCAUCCAGUGGUUCGGAGAGAAACCCUAUCAGCCAGGUGUGCCAAAUUCUCAAUGCACACAUGGAUUCUAUCAAAUGGAUCGACCAGUCGCUACAACACGUGGAAGGUCAAUUGGAGGACGUUGAAAAAGUAAAGAAGCAACUUGCCGCGGCGCGAACCCCCGGGCGUGUUUCAUUUCUGUGAACGAUUGAAGAAGCUUUUCAACUUGUAAAGAUUUCGGUAAUGAAUUUGAUUAAAUCUCAUGUGA